AUGAAUGACUCUGGGCUCAUCCCACAGUCCUCACGGCAUCCUCCCCACAAACAGGGUCAUCCCACAGUCCUCACGGCGUCCUUCCCACAAACAGGGUCAUCCCACAGUCCUCACGGCGUCCUUCCCACAAACAGAGUCAUCCCACAGUCCUCACGGCAUCCUCCCCACAAACAGGGUCAUCCCACAGUCUUCACGGCGUCCUCCCCACAAACAGGGUCAUUCCACAGUCCUCACGGCAUCCCUCCCCCACAAACAGGGUCAUCCCACAGUCCCUCACGGCGUCCUUCCCACAAACAGGCUCAUCCCACAGUCCUCACGGCAUCCUCCCCACAAACAGGCUCAUCCCACAGUCCCCACGACAUCCUCCCCACAAACAGAGUCAUCCCACAGUCCUCACGGCGUCCUUCCCACAAACAGAGUCUCAUCCCACAGUCCCUCACGACAUCCUCCCCACAAAGAGGGUCAUCCCACAGUCCCUCACGACAUCCCUCCCACAAACAGGGUCAUCCCACAGUCCCUCACGGCGUCCUUCCCACAAACAGAGUCAUCCCACAGUCCCCACGGCAUCCCUCCCCACAAACAGGCUCCAUCCCACAGUCCUCACGACAUCCCUCCCCACAAAACAGGGUCAUCCCACAGUCCUCACGGCAUCCUCCCACAAACAGGGUCAUCCCAGUGUCCUCACGGCAUCCUCCCCCAAACAGGCUCAUCCCACAGUCCCUCACGACAUCCCUCCCCACAAACAGGGUCAUCCCACAGUCCUCACGGCGUCCUCCCACAAACAGGGUCAUUCCAUAA